CGGGGGUACCAGAUCUGGAUUAGUUAAAAAAAUGACCUGAUUUUAACCCGAUUUCAUCUCUGCGAUUUUAGACCUAGCUAUUUCAGACCUAUCGGACGCAAGACAGACCAACCGAAGAAGGAAGAGCAGCGGACGGGCGGCUGGCGUUCAAGCAGACGGCGGACGGCGGACGGGCGUUCCAACGAGUAGCGGGCAGGUCAUCAUCUUCAUCAAUUUACGAAAAUGAGGAUGCAAGAAUAGUCAGAGAAUUUGCAGAGCUACUUGAUUCGAGGGAAGAUGAACAACAUUUGAAUGAAGAAGAUAUUUCCGAACUGAGAUCUCAGAAGACGCUUCUGACGAUGACUAUAUCUCAUAGGUAAACUUUAUCCAAUUCUCACUCUUUAGGUGUGUUGCACAGUGUGGUAUAAUACUAGGGAAGUUGGCCGGGGAGCUGAAUAUUUUUACCCUCAUUUUUUAUUAUGAGUUUUUAUAUGCUGGCAUGUAUGUUCUUUAGCAUAUAUAGCAAUUAAUUAACAAUUUCUUUUUAUUAAUUUGAUCAUCUCAUUGCAAUCAGUAAACUUUAAAAAGUUUGACUUUUUUUCCAUUUCUUUUUUUGGAUAAAAUCUAUGUUUAUCAUUCCAUGUAAUAAUGUAUGCUCUUUUGCGUUUGAGAAUCGUCCGUCUUGCUGUUUUAAUCCUUGUAUAUGCUAUGUUUGUAAUCGGAAUCUAGUUCUAAUCUCACUUUCGACCUUCGAUUUGAGCUUGGAAUGAUGAUUUGGGACCAGAAACGCAACAAAUGAAGUUUUCGUAUUGUUCAUGUUGUUUGUAAUUUGAGGUCGAUUCUUUGAAUUUGGCGAGUUUCUCUGGUUUUUGAGACUUGUGUGGGACUCGCCGUGCCAGGACGAAGCUCGGUGACUUACUCGUUGAUGGUGGGGAUGGUUUUUAGGUCGCGCCCAGAAGUGGGAGUCACCUGCGACUGAGUCUUGUUGACGGACCUGACUACUGCUACAUCGACGAAUAGCUUACAGUGUGUUCUGGUUUGGACUUCACCUGCAAUUGUUUUAGACUGCAGUUUAUGCUACUAUGGCGACAAAUAAACAAGGGUCUCGAAAAACACGCUCUUCAUCCAGAUUCUUUGUUCUGGAAGAGUCAGAUGGUGAUUUCCCUACUUUGAGCAAUGUAAACUUCAUGAAACUGUCAGAGAAGCCUCCGGCUGAUGCUGCUGCUGUGAAGGCAAAAACUAAUGGACUCUCAAAGUCUAAAGCUAAUGGUGCAGGAAGAGCCUUGAUGCAGGGGACUGAUUCUUUGCUUAAGCGAUCUGGGAGCAAGUGACUGAGCUAACAAUUUCUGAAAGCAACCCUGGAGUGAAAGAGCUAACUCCAGGACCUGGACAACCUGCUCAAAUGCCUACUGUCAAGCAGGUUACUGCACGGGCAGAAACUUUGAGUAAGGUUUCUCCCAAUAACCCAGGAACUGCAUCACCUGCUAUUGAUUUGCCUAGCAAACCUGCUGCACCUACUGCAACACUACUGGUUACACAGGUUGUGACUACUGCUGGAGCUCAACCAAAUAAUGCUGCAGUGAGGACUUCACCUCUUGGAGCUGUUGAGCCAGUAUUUGAUACUCAACCAACUGCUGCAGAAAAAAAAGAUGCAAAGCAGACACCAUGGAACUCCUUGUGAAUUAACCAUCAAAUUUGAAACAGAAAGCCUUGCAUUGGCCUCACAACUGUUUUUUUCUGAAUUUCAGGUCGGGACCGGUGAUCAGUGAUCUCUUGGGAGGCAAUUCUGAUGGGUACUCAAAUCCAAGUUCUUGUCAGAUUUACUUGACAUUUCUAGCUGAUAGCACAUUCACUGAAGAGGAUGUCUCUAGCUACUUUAGGUAACGAUUGAUUGUUGUGUUUAUAAAAUUAUAUAUAUUGUGUUAAAAUUAUAUAUACUGUGUAUGUAUGGGCCAAUGCAAGAUGUUAGAAUUCUAUUUCAACAGAAGCGGAUGUUUGGUUUUGUUACGUUUGUCUAUGCGGACACUAUGAAGCUAAUCUUAGCCAAAGGAAACCCUUCAUUUUGUGUGUGACCCUCGUGUUCUUGUUAAACCCUACAAGGAAAUGGGAAAAACCUCCGACAAGAAUAGAAGGCAAAAACUGCACCAUCUGGAUAUGGGAAAGUCAUCAACAAGUUUAAGCUCAUCCGGUGUUGAUUCUAGGGAGCCCCUUGACAUUCCAUUUGGGUCAAGAAUGUUUCACAAGUCAAAGGAGGCUACACUUAGGAGAAUGUUAGAGCAUGAAGCUCAUUUGCAGAAAACCAUCCAUGGGUUUUGGUAGUUUUAGAGAAUUAGUUAAAAUAGCAUUUUAUUUACUUGAAUAUUUUCGUGUUAGGUAUCUGCACCGCUUGUGCAUAUCCAGAAAUAUUGGUCAUGUGUAUGGAUUCAUUGAUCCACACACCAUUCAAGGAGUAGGCAAUUCUUUAAAUGAGGUGCAAACUGCAAUGGAGGCAAGCCGUAGGCUCAACUCAAGAAAGGGAAGAGUGAAAUGGAUUAUUCCUAUGUCUCGGAUGCAAGUUGGGAGUUAUGAAUGUGGUUAUUAUGUGAUGUUACAUAUGUUGAAUAUUGUUUCGGCGGUGAUUCUUGAAAUGUGGGAUGAGCGAUUCGCCAAUCCGGAACCAUUUUCAUCAGAAGAGAUUGAUGAAGUACGAACUCGUUGGGCAUCAUAUUUCUUAGAAAUGACGCAAUCCAUCAACGACACAUGACGAACGUGUUUGUUUAAGUUUUUGAGUGAUGAUGAGACUUGUAACUUUAUACAAUGGGUUAUUACUCUAGACUUGUGCAAGGAUUAUUUUAUUUUAGUUUAUUAUUAUGUACUAAGUUGUUAGUUUGUUACUUGAACUUGUUUAAUAUUUGUGGAAGAAUUGAAAAAUAGAUUGUGUUAUUGUUUUAGUUGGAUCUAGUGAACAUGUCAAAAUUGUGUUAUAAUAG